AUGACGGUGCCAACAUCCCCCCUCACCUCGUCGCAGGCAACUCAACUGCUGACGCUGCUCGUACACCAAGUCGCUGCUCCGCACCUCGUCUCGCUCCUGUCGCAGCCCUCGCUCCGUACGACCUUGUACCACCUCCUAUCGACGAGCCAUCCCGGCGACCCGCAUCGACCGCUCCUUCAUGCGCUCUUGGAUCGACUCUCGCACCUCUCUGGCACGUUCACCUACACGCUCUGUGGCCUGUAUGCGCUCCACUUUGGUCCGACCGACCGCGCGCGAGUCGAGUCAGUCCUCGAUCGAGUGCUGCGAGUCGACUCGACCAUCCACGACCAAGUUCUCAACACGGCGCCCCUAGUCUUCGCGUCCCAUUCAUCAAACGAAACAGACGACGAGUGGCAACUUUGCCAACUUUCAAUGGCGAUGAUCCGAGUCAGUUCGACGAUCGCUCGAGCAUAUGCACGUCAUCCCGAGGUAUGGCAAGCGUUCCACAAGCUCUAUCAAUCUACGAUCUCCAGUGGCCAAAUCGAGCAGCAACUGCAUCAGAAGGUCUUUAUCCUUUCUACUGUCGAAGCGAUGCUCGAAGCCGCGUUCUGGACCCCACUUCGUUCGGCUCAAAACGAUCAGGAUGUCCACGUCCUCCUCGUCCAACUCGACACCGUCCUCCGGCCCGUACUACAUUCGAGCCAGGAGUCCUCGUCCUCGUCCUCCAUACCGAAAGCGGGUGUCGAUGCACCUCUCUUGGCCGAUCUCGAGACCUUAUUCUCCACAUCGGCGACAUUGCAACGGUCGAGCGGCAGGGCCUCAGCCAACGAGAUCAAAGCAAAGAUCGAUCGACUGGUUCAAGGAUUACGAGGUCUGCAAAGUCGAGAGGUCGGCGAGUGGUUCAAACGACUGCAAAGUCUCCGACCCGUGUCGAGACCAGCCCACGACAGCGUGCCGGGUAAAGGCAAAGGAAAGGUCGUGGAGCAAGAAGUGCUUUCACCAGAACAAGAGGCGAGUCGACUCUAUCCAGCUCCAAAGGCUGUACCCCCACACUAACCCAAGCUUGUACAACACAGGAUCUCCUCUCUUUGCAGAUCAGUCAAAUCCUGGACGUGCUACCCGACCUAUCGCCCAAUUUUCUGCGCACAUGCUUGCUCCACCCAAGGUUCUCAUCGACCUCUGCCCCCUCCGAAGCCGUCAUCGCCUCCAUCUUCGAGGAGAGUUUACCCUCGGAUUUGGAUGAACUUCUUCGCAAUCCCGUCCCAUCUACUAAGAUCGAAGAACCGACAAAGAUUCCAACCCAAUCUGUCCCUCCCCGGCCGAAUGAUGCGCACGCACCCAUCAUCCGCUCCAACAUCUUUGACUCGGCGUCGCUGAACCCGACCUUGCUCAAGACGAACCGAUCCACGGUACACGACCAAAACGAAUCGAAGCAGUUCCUCGCCGAUCAGUCGUUCAUGACCGAACAACUCAAAGCGCUCAUCAUCGAACGAGCCGAACGAGAAUCUUCCGAUUCGGAAAAUGACGAUGAUGAAGAAGUUGUUGAUGAUGAUGAGGAGGACCGGUUCAGAGCGGUUGAACGCUCGUUCGAAGUUCGGGACCGUAACGAAGGGAUUGAAACACCCCUUGCUACUACGACGUCUGGGGCGAACACGCCUUUGAAGGGAAGUGUUGCUGCAAGUGAUACGUCGACUUUGAACGCGUUCAAUAACGCGACGCUCGUUAAAUUGCUUGAACGAACUUACCUCUCCGAUCCGGCUUUGUUCGAUCGGUCGUCAGCGACGCGCAAAUCCAAGAUGAGGGCCGAGUUGAAGCAGAAGACUGGACUCGGGGAUGAACAGCUGGAAGGGUGGAGGAUCAUGCUGGAGAGGGACCCGAAGAGGAAGGAGAAGGUGUUGGAGCGUAGGAUGGUCGAGGAUGUCAAAGAACGACAUGCUGGUCCGGGGUCGGAAGAGGACGACAGCGACGAGGAAGACGAGGACGGAGAGGCACGACCGAAUGCGGGAGGGAGAGGAGGAGGGAAUCAUGAUCAGGGCCUUGGUCGGGGUAGGGGACGAGGGCGAGGUGGCGGUGGCGGUGGCGGUGGCGCGAGAGGCGGACGAGGCGGUGGGCGAGGAGGACGAGGCGAUGGCAAUCGUGCGGCGCACGUCAGAAGGCAGAGAGGCAAUGAUAAGAAGAUGGCAAAGAUGGGUGCAGGACCGCCUCUGUAG